AUCGCUCAUAACUUGCCCCCCAAAGGUGGACCACUUGCCCCUUUUCCAUGUCGUGCCUACUCAAACAUUCCUCCGCUGUACCUUACUCAACAUUGAAGCAUCAUAGGCUCUGGAAGCCUUCUUUCUACUGACUGCUGUAUAUGCCCCAUCCGCAAUCAUGUGUGACAACCCACCGGACAGCGACACACCUUUCUGCGCUCCCGAAAACGGCGCGCAACUCCAAACAGGAAAUAUCGUUGGAGUAAUCUGGUCCCCGCUCUUCUUCGCAACCUCACCCACCUCACGCCCGCGCCAAAUCCGCAUCCAAGCCGACUUCUUCCCCUCCAACACCCCUCUGUCACGCCUAAACUCGACCCUGAGCACCGGCACAGAAGGCUUCACCUCCAACGUCCUCAACCCCGCCCUCGGCACCUUCAACUGGUCAAUCCUCGAUUCUUAUAUUGACGACGCCGAUGUCCCGUCUUUGAUCGCCGUCCUCUCCAUCGCAGAACCUUUCACCGACUCAGACGGGAAUGGCACAGUCCUCGAAGGCAACGACCGCUUCCCUGGCCCAACCGUGACUCUUGUUCGAGGGCCCACACGACCUACGAGUACUAACUCGGUCAAUGGAGGGACGAUCAACGCGCCGCCCUCUCCUGCGAGUGAGAAUACAGGUCCAAGUCCCAUCACCAUCGCACUCCCGAUCUUGUUUGGUUUCUUGACGGCUAUCACGUUGGCGUGCUGCAUGAUCUACAAACGAAGACAUCCAUCGUUCAAGGUAGGUGAGAUGGUAACAAAGUGGAUGGGCAGAAGCGGUCGCGGAGGAUUCGGUGGUUUGAGAUCCGCUUCGGGUUACGGGCAGGGACGGAGCCAGCGGCAGCGGAUGGGUGGUGGUGGUGGUGGGUUGAGAGGGAAGGACAUCAAAGUUGUGACGACGGAUAUCCAAGGGUUGAGGAUGAAUGCGGUGAAUAUGAUGGCGGGCCAGAAUCAGCAUCAAGGGAGGAACGUGUUCAGGGAAGAGGUGCGACGGCAGGAGAGGCGCGAUGGGGAUGGUGGUGUGGUGGGUGUGUGA